AAGAAGAAAACAGGAAACCGUGAGAGGCGUUAGCAGUAGCCAGUGGAAACGAAACCACAGCAAAAUCCAUAUCUGAGGGAGAGGAACGAGUAUCCAUUAGCUGGUUGAGUGGUUUCAUCGGUUGGAGCGACAUGUCAGAGACGUACGAUUUCCUGUUUAAGUUCCUGGUGAUUGGCAGCGCGGGGACUGGGAAAUCAUGCCUUCUUCACCAGUUCAUAGAAAACAAGUUCAAACAGGACUCCAACCACACCAUCGGUGUUGAGUUUGGCUCCAGGGUUGUCAACGUUGGCGGCAAGACAGUCAAACUACAGAUCUGGGACACGGCUGGACAGGAACGUUUUAGGUCAGUGACCCGCAGUUACUACCGUGGAGCAGCAGGAGCCCUUCUAGCUUAUGACAUCACUAGUCGGGAGACCUACAAUGCUUUGACUAACUGGCUGACAGAUGCACGGACGCUGGCCAGCCCCAACAUCGUCAUCAUCUUGUGCGGAAAUAAGAAGGAUCUGGAUGCAGACCGUGAGGUCACCUUCUUAGAGGCUUCUCGCUUUGCCCAGGAGAAUGAGCUGAUGUUUCUGGAGACAAGUGCUUUAACUGGAGAGAAUGUAGAGGAAGCCUUUCUCAAAUGUGCUCGCUCCAUCCUCAAUAAGAUCGAGUCAGGUGAGUUGGACCCGGAGCGGAUGGGUUCUGGGAUCCAGUAUGGCGAUGCGUCCCUGAGGAACAUCAGACAGCCCCGGGGCUCUGCUGCACAGACCAGGCAGCAGUGUAACUGCUAGGGGUCUGUAUGCCCUGACUACUACUUGACAACAGAUCUUUUACACUCAACCUUCCCCCCCUCAGCUCCGGGUGUCUCUGGGUAAGCACGCCCCUUUAACCCCAUCCCCCCAGUGUAACCCCUCCACACCCAGACACAUCUGGAUCAUUUCUUAUGACGUCCAUCUGCAACUUUUGACAAGUCUGACCUCAGAUAUAAAGCUGUUCGCCUAGGACACAUCUCCGGGCCCCUCUGCACUGGGCUGGAAGGCGCCUAGUGAGUGCCACGGGCAGUAGAGGUCCUCGGUCCUCGUGGUGGCACGGUUACUCACCUCAAUCUGGGUGGCAGAGGACAAGUCUCAGUUGCUUCUGAGAUAGUCAAUUCACGCAUCUUAUUACGUGGCUCGCCGUGCAUGACACCGCAGAGACUCGCAGCGUGUGGAGGUUCAUGCUAUUCUCCGCGAUCCACGCACAACUUACCACGCGCCCCAUUGAGAGCGAGAACCUAAUCGUGACCACGAGGAGAUUACCCCAUGUGACUCUAUCCUGCCUAGCAACGGGGCCAAUUUGGUUGCUUGGGAGACCUGGCUGGAGUCACUCAGCACACCCUGGAUUCAAACUCGUAACUCCAGGGAUGGUAGUCAGCAUCAUUACUUGCUGAGCUACCCAGGCUCACUGAAAUAUCUGGUUUAACAUUUUACUUAUCCAAACUUUCUUUAAUGUCCCAAAAAUACGUAUAAUAUUUGAUUGAUUUAAACUUUAAUGGAGAUUUUGGGAGAAUAUCACGAAUAUAGUCAGGUCAUAUUUCACUGCUAAAUCAAAAGAAAAAAAUGAACAUUAGAUUUUGUAUAAAGAAAAUGAGGCCUUUUUAAGACCUUUAAGAUUUUCUUGCAUUGUGACACUGCUGUUGUGACAAUUAAGCACAUUUAAACCCCCUUCCCUCAAUUCUCAGUAGCCUACUGUAGUGUGGAAAAAAAUCUCCUUCUCAUUACCGUAAUGCGAAAAGUAAUUUUUAUUAUUAUUUAAAUGGUAAAAGUACUGUUCUAAGUAUACACUGCCUGGCCAAAAAAAAAAAAGUUGCAGUUAGGAUUUAAAUAAGCAGAUAAUUAAGAGCCUAUGAUUGGAUCAUUAUCCAAGGCUCAGCAAUGUUAUGUGGCAAUAAAAUGAAGUCAGCUGACUACCUGAAUGUACUGAAUGACCAGGUUAUUCCAUCAAUGGAUUUUUUCUUCCCUGAUGGCAAGGGUAUAUUCCAGGACGACAAUGCCAUGAUUCAUCGGGCUCAAAUUGUGAAAGAGUGGUUCAGGGAGAAUGAUGAAUCAUUUUCACACAUGAAAGUCUUUGGGUUGUGCUGGAGAAGACUUUACGGAGUGGUUCGACUCUCCCGUCAUCAAUCUUGGCCAAAAAUUAAUGCAACUCUGGAUGGAAAUAAAUGUUGUGGCAUUGCAUAAGUUUGCUUAUUUAUUUUAAUUUAAAAAAAUCACAAUACAGUAAUGAUUUUUUUUUUUUUUUUUUUUUUUUUUUUUUUUUGCAUUACAGUAAUGAGAAUUUGGGGUGGGGAUGAUUGUCAUAAAAAAUAAUGUUACAAUGCAAAAUAUAAAUAUUAGAAUGACAAAUUAAUAAGAACAUUUAGAAAUAUUAAUGAUCCUAAAAAUAGGCUAAAAUUUCUUUAUGCAAAAUAUUAUAAAUUUGGGGUGAAAUAUGAUCUGGCACAAAAAAUGCACUGGUCAUCUUUCACGUCAUAAUAAUAAAAAAAUAAAAUAUCAAUAUUAUAUUUUGCAUAAAGAAAAUUAUGCCUUUUUUAAACACCAUUAAGAUUUUCUUGCAAUGUGACUGUGUGACAGUUUUAGACAUCCUUCACUCAAUUAUCAGGAUCCAGCAGUAGUGUUAAAAAAUCUCAUUCUCAUUACCGUAAUAUUGUUUAAAUUAUUGCUAAAUGUAAUUAUACAUUGUGCUAGUAUUUGUUGUACUGAAUUUAAGUACUGAUAAAUGCUGAUUUUAAUUAAGAAUUUUUUUUUUCACAUUAUAGUAAUGAGGUUAUGAUCUUUGCAUUACAGUAAUGAGAAUGUUGGGGUGAAAUGUGAUUGUAAUGAAAAUUAUGACACAAAGCUGAAUGGGCUUCUGUUUCUUAUAUACACACACACACACACUCCUAGGAGAUCAGCAGUUACAGAAAUACUCAAACCAGCCUAUCUGGCAUCAACAAUCAUGCCAUAGUCCAAAUCACUGAGAUCACAUUUUUCCCCCAUUAUAAUGGUUGAUGUGAACAUUAAAUUGUUUGUGCCAGACCGUCUGUUUUGAGUAUUUCUGUCACUGCUGAUCUCCUGGGAUUUUCACACAAGUCUCUAGAAUUUACUCUGAAUGGUGCCAAAAACAAAAAAACAUCCAGUGAGCGGCAGUUCUGUGGACGGAAAUGCCUUGUUGAUGAAAGGGGUCAACAGAGAGUGGCCAGACUGGUUCGAACUGACAAAGUCUACAGUAACUCAGAUAACUGCUCUGUACAAUUGUGGUGAGAAGAAUAUGAUCUCAGAAUGCUGAUCUGAGAUGCAGGUUGGCGAUGUUUUUGCAGGAGGAGGGGGACCUAAACAAUAUUAGGCGGGUGGUUUUAAUGUUGUGGCUGAUCGGUGUGUGUGUGUGUGUGUAUAUAUAUAUAUAUAUAUAUAUAUAUAUAUAUAUAUAUA